CUCGAAGGCUGCAAUCUCUGUAGAGCAUUCAAGUUUCUGAGAGAUCUCAAGAGCCCUAUCCGGUAGACAAUGGCAAUUCCAAAGCUUACUAAAGCAGGCUUCAAAACGUCAAAGAGGAGCGCCCCGACAUCGAUCGACUUUCGUCGAAGAGCACCACCAAUCAUGAUUUGUUGUCUCCUUGUUGUGUUAACCGCCAGAAAGCUGACGCAACUCUAUAAUUUACCGCACGGUCCGACAUUACUUCGCGGUCUCGCCAAAGAUACAAACAGGGAAACAAUGCCAAACUUGUCCAGUUUGGGGUUCAAGGACCCAGCGCCGUUCGAGCGCUUGUCUUCUCUGACCUGGGAGCUGCACGAGUACUCCAAAAUGAGUCGACAGUCGAGCACUCCUCCAGCCGACAGGACAAGGCCUCGGCUGUUAAUUGCACAAACAACCUCCGACUUCUACAAACCGUUAUUCGACAUUGGCCGGCCAUUGAAUCAAGAGUAUGCACGAGUACACAGCCACGACUUUGUCGUGGCUCGCGGCAUCUACUUGUUGGACGAGACCAAGAACGAAACGGAGGCCAGUGUCCCGGAGUCUCGAGCAACGUACAAUAAGAUUGCUCUUUUGAGCUAUGCGUUGCGCCAAGGAAAGUACGACAAGCUGCUGAUUUUGGAUUCAGACGCUGUGAUUCGUGACUUUGACUUGGAUUUCGCGACUUACGGCCCGGAUCCUCGAGUGAUGUUUUUUGGCCACCCUGUGGAAGCCCAUCAGCCAGCGAACAACUGGAAUGUAAAUAUUGGAGUUGGGCUUUGGAAUCUUCACCAAGACUUGCUUCGUCCAACUUGGUACGAUUGGUACAAUCGCUCAAUGAGUCGAGUGUAUCAUGGUAUGACCGACGAAGACCAAGAAGUCUUACACGAUAUAUUUCGUGAGAUGCCGGAUGAGAGUCGCCCAGUCCGUGGCGUCAACAAUCAUUUUUGCGGCAACGAAGGGGCUCUCAUUCAGCAUUUCAUGAGAAUGAACCACGCCACUUUUGCAGUGAUAGAAGAAUCUCGCGUGGAGAUCAUGAAGGCCGCUGCCCAAGAAACAAUGGCUUUUUAUAGAGCGCUCCUGGACUCGGGAAAUAAUCAAGCACAAUAA